AUGAUGCAUCCAUUUCCUUGUUCAGCAUUGCUCACCUGUUUUGGAAGUAUAAGAGAAAGCGCUCCUUUUGAUCCACCGGAGCCAAACUGCCUACCUGCAGUGGAAAUACAAAAGGUUGAGACCAGCUCUGCAAUCAGCAGCCAACCAUCUGCAAAAACCACAAACACCCUGAGUCUCCAGAGGGACAGGGCUGGAGGAGAGAUCUCCCCACAUAGCCAUUGUGCAAAAACACCCCACAGUGCAAUCGCAAAUGGCAAUUCAAGCAAUCAUACUGCACUCCCAUGCAUGGCUGUGGUUUCUGAUUCAUCUGCAUCUCCUGCUGAAGUGUUGGGAAGUGAUACAGUCACAGUUCACACGCAUAUACCCAGACCAUCCAUCAUCAGAGUGCCAAAGGAAAAGCAAGAACAAAAACAAAUGGAAAUACAAACGGAUUCAGAUUUGCCAGCCUCUGACAAUGACCUUUUCACAGAUAACUUAAGUGGAGAGUCUGAAUUCAGAGAGCCUUCUCUUAUUCUAAGAAACAUCAUGGCUGAACCCGAUUACAUAGAUGAAGACAAUCCUGAACUAAUUAGACCUCAGAAACUAGUUAAUCCUGUAAAAACAUCUCGGAAUCAUCAAGACCUUCACCGAGAACUCCGCAUGAAUCAAAAGAGGGGUCUGGCUCCUCAGAAUAAGCCAGAGUUGCAGAAAGUUAUGGAAAGACGAAAAAGAGACCAAGUCAUUAAACAGAAGGAGGAGGAAGCACAACAGAAGAAAUCAGACUUUGAAAUAGAGCUACUCAAACGACAGCAGAAAUUGGAACAGCUUGAACUUGAGAAGCAAAAGAUCCAGGAAGAGCAAGAAAACGCACCGGAAUUCGUCAAAGUCAAAGGCAACUUGAGGAGGACAGCCCAAGAAUCGGCAGAAGCUCAAACCUCCUAGAGGAGGAACACCUAAGACUUGACGCCAUCCCUCAGUGGCUGCUAGGGAGAGAUUUCUACAGGAUUUCUCACCUGUUUGCCAUGGAUCCGGGUGAAAAAUUGGUUAAUACGAGGUCAUUUUCUGGAACCUGUGUGGAUUAAUGACUGUAUGACAGAUAAAACAUGCAACUAAUAAUAUGGAGAUCAGAGGAUAAACAAGCAACCUGUAGUCACUUGAAAGAUCUGUCCAAAUACUUGACUAGGGAGACAAUUUGAAAAUUGUUGCUUUGCUUGCUUAUUCCUGAUCCACAUUUAGUGGGCAUCUCAGGCUAGUGUGUGUGGGAUUUUUCUCUUGUUCCUACUUUGUGGAGCUCUGCUAUGCAGAAAAACAAAGUGUUCUGAAACCACUUCUCAAUACAUUCUGUGUGGAAGCAUUGCCUCAAAAAUGAACAGUCCAUUCCCUCCAACUUUGAUGUAAAUAUAAAUUCCUUUAGACUUGAAGUUGGAUUUGGCUUGUCCAUGGCUAGUGUAUAGGCCGCACCACCAUCACCAUGGGGCAACCUCAGAAAAGGGGAGGAGGAAAAACAUAAUGUCAUUGGGCAGCUAAAAGGUGUUCUCAUUAAUCUCUGCAUUUCUAGUGAUGUAUGCAUUGGUAAUGUCUCUUUCAGCACCAUCAUCCAACUUUGGUAGACAGACAUGUUGUUUCUUCAUACUGUUCAUCUUGUGAAUGUUCACUUGCUAUGUCAAAAUGAUGUUUGAUCUUUACAUUUUGUGGGGGUGGGUGGGGGGGUUGUAUAUUUUCACUGGGAUUUCCAGAAUCACACAACCAGUUCUAGGGGUGGGUGGCAUUUAAACCGCAGUGCCUCAUAACCUACCCUUGAGAGGAUUUUGAAAAACAUGCUGUGGGGCAGCAUGGGGACUGCUGUUCAAAGAAGAAAAAUUGAACAGUCACUCUGGGUGUGCUCAAAUACAAGCAUGCCCAAAUUAGCCAUUUGGAGCAUACUCUUCAGUGUUUGCUGUUUUCUUGCUUUGUGCCAGUUCUUUUUUUCUUUUCACUUCAUAAAUCAAGCACAAGCGGAACAGAUAAAGUAAUGUCUGUAGUCAAAGCAUGACCACAGAGUGGGAUAUUUAGAAGUUUGAAAUAAUAAUAGGUUCACAAGUCUAUCCAUACAAUCUUGUAAAGUCUACAUGAAGGAAGCUUCACUGAAGUUAGUGGGACUUCCUUCCUGGUAAGAGGGUCUAGGAUUAUUUCUCUCCACUUGCUCCUAGGCAUCUUUUAGGGAAGAGACUCUGCUGGCCUCUUCAAGAAACUUGAUUCUGUGGCUGGCUUCCCUUUUACAGUCAUCUUUGAAGCCCAGAUACACAAUUGUGUAUUGUCAGGAAAAAAUAGUUUCUUGACAUGCAAGACUACUGUGUGAAGAUUUUUAACGAAUAAUAGCAUGCUCUAAUUUGUCCCAGCUUUCUAUAUAUCAAUUCCUCUAGCUGGGUUGGGUCACCUUUAGGCAGUAUGAUUCUUGCAAGCUAUGGGAUAAUUCAUGAAGACAAAAUCUGUGGUCUUUAGUUGGCUUUCUGCAGCUUUCUAUAUCACCUGAGACUAUUACUGUUAAGUAAAAGCUACAGAGGUCUAAACACACACGGGAGUCAACAUUAACCUGAAAAAUGGACGUGUGAGUCCUGUACUAACUUAGAUCCAUGUAGUACAGCCUGGUUGAUUAUUUGUAUGUCACCUCCUAUCAACCACAGCCAGCAUGGCCAGGUUGAAAUCCAAAACGUCUGCAGGAUAUCAGCUUGUAGAAAGUUUGGUGUAGUCUUGCACAUUUAUUUCUGGGUAUGGAGAUAACAGUGGCAGCCGCAGCAAUAAACCUACAAAGCCAAUUUUUAGUAGAAGUCAGAAUAUGUGUAUGGAAGUUUAUCAAGACGGGUACAAAUCACAUAACUGCAGUUCUGUAACUGUUAACAUCAACAUCAGAUGCAGAUCCAGUCCAUAGUCUUGCUAUCUAAAGCUAAGCAAACCAAAUCUUUUGCAAUGACAUCUGAAUUGAAAAGGCUUUACUUGUGUAAGUGAUGUGUUUUGUCAUUGCUGCAGGCAGUGGAAAUUGAAAAAACAAUUUCAGCAUUGGUCUUGGGACCUAACAUUUACCAUGAACAAUCUUCCCUUUGGCAUGAUGCUUUUCAAGUUGUCAGGACCCAAGCAACUCAUCUGAGAAUAAAAUCGCAUUAUAAAUCCAAGUCAAUGAUAAAUAUGUUUUGCUGGGAUUUAAUUUACUUCUAAUUUAAAUCUUGACAUGACCGAUUUUAUCAUAGCUUUGGAUUUAUCACAUUAUAUGCCACUUCAAAAAAGAAAAUAUGAAAGCCAUUGACAAAAGUGAUGGUGUUGUGUUGCUUGACCAUAAUAAAGACAAGACUUGGUAUCUUCAAUUGAGAGACAAAGUGAAACAGCUUGGGCUUCUGUUGCAUAGUAGGAUCACAAGUACCCUAGCUUCUUUAAUUUCAGUUCUUUUAGCUUGGGGACAGACAUUGGGGGUGGUUUCUAACAGCAGACACUCACUCUUCAUAUGCUUGCACUGCAGUGAGAGUUGCUGCUUCCAUUUCAUCAUCUCAGUCUAACAUUCUGCAUAAUUUAUAAGGAUUAGGGGUAGGGAGGUGGGAACUUCCAGAAUAACUUGCCUUAAUGCUUGUAUCAGUUACUGUGGGUUUCUCAUGCUCCCCCACAAAAUUGACCCCCUGCUCUCUUAGGAUGCAAUUCCGUGCAAGUUUCUCAGAAAAAAGGCCUACAACACCCAGUAUGCUGGAGUCCAUGUAGUUGUAGGCUUUUUUCCUAUCAAAAUUUGCAUAGGAUUACAACUUUAGGCAAUUAGACACAUGCCUGAAUUCCAAUUUCACAGCCAGUCUAGGAUGCAGUGAGUAUCUAAAGGUGCUCACAACACUUUGGUAUUACAGUUCUGAAACAGGAAAAAUAUAUUCUGGUCUCAAGCCUUCUGAAUGCAAUAGGGGAGAGCUCUUAGAUAUGAUGUGAGUUCUGGGCCAGACCGCUAGCAGAAUGCACUGUAGAAUUUCUCCACUUCCCAAGUUGCCAUGGUUGUGAUCAACUGGGUUAUGAAAUAAGAACAGAUGCUUCUUACAACACCUGGUGGGGCAGGGGAAGGCAACUUUGUAGGUGCAGUGCAUAGUAGUCUUGGGGGGUAGGGUGGGGUGGGCAGUAAUAUGACUAUACUUACCAGUAGAAUGUAAGCCUACUUUUAGCCUGUCUAAGAAGUCUGUCAGACUUCCCUGUGUUGGAAUCCAGCAUUUUGUUUUGUGUUGAUAUGACAAAUGACUCUUUUUAAAAAUCAGGAUUUUAUAGAUGCUCUAGAAUUGUUGAACAUUUUUUAUUCACGAUGGUAAAUUGACAAAUCUCAUGGCUAUGAUUCUGUUCACAAUUCUACCAUUUUUCAAACUUUCAAUCUGCUGAAUAUUUUUCAUUGAGCUACCUUAAAUUAAAAAUGGUUUCUCUUUUUAGAAAUUGUCUCUGAUUUGAUCAAAGCUUUUAAAUUUCACUUUGUUUUUAGCUGGUUAAGGUAGCAAAUUGGGAUUGCCUCACAGUUCAUCAAGUGAUGUUAGUCUUCUGUUAUGUCUCUACCUGUUCAUGAGUGUACAUAUAUAAAUAUUAAAAAGGGAGCCUUAAUGGGGUUUGUUUUCGUAAUUUAAUAUUUUUUGUAUUUGCUCUUGCCUAUUUGUUUUUAACAAAGUGUUAUAAAAAUGAGGAUGGAAUUCUUAGAACCAAAGUUAAUACUUUAAUAAAAAUCUGCUACACGCUUGGAAUAUGUAA